AUGAAUAGCUUUAGUAUUGAUAGCAAUAAAAAGAAGUAGAUUUCUUUAGAAUAGUGGAAGGAGGAAUUAAAAAAUGUUAAAAUAGCUAAACAAGAUAUGAAUAAACUUAUUAUGAAUUUUUUUUUAAUAGAAGGAUAUAAAGAAGCAGCAGAAAAGUUUAGGGAAGAGAGUUAAACUGAAAUAAGCGAACAAGAUCUUGAAUGUAUGUAGCCACGCAUAGAUAUAAGAAAGUUGAUUCUUAAUGGAUAAAUAGAUGAAGCUAUAAAUGAGCUCGAUAAAAUAAAUAAAAAAGUUUUAGAAGAGAACAAAGACAUAAAUUUUAAUAUAAAAUUAUAAAAAUGUAUAGAGUUGAUCAGAAGUGAGUAAAUAGAUAAAGCAAUAUCAUUUGCUUAAGAAGAAUUACUGCCUAUUUUAGAAUCUAGUAAUGAAAAAAAAGAACUGUAUUAAGAUAGCAUGGAAAAGGUCAUGAGCUUGUUAGCAUUUGAAAAUCUAUAAGAGAGCCCUUAUCAAGAUCUAGUCAGUAAUUCAUAGAGAAUUAAGAUUUCUAGUUAAAUUAAUUAUGAAAUGCUAAAAGGUUAGUAGGAAAAAGAAAAUAAAUUACCUACUCUUAUCAAACUUUUACUGUGGAGUCAAGACAAAUUAUCUGAAAAACUAGAAUUUCCUUAGAUUAAAAAUGUUUCAACUGCAAAAUUUGUAACAGAUAAUGGGAAUGGAAGUAAUAAUAAUAAAGCAAAUUAGCUAGUUGAUUACGAUUGA